GAGGGAACAGUGAACCAUGGAGCUGUAUUUCGGUGAAUAUCAACAUGUGCAGCAAGAAUAUGGCGUCCAUCUGAGACUCGCAAGUGAUGAUAGCAAAAAAUCAAGGAAUUCCCAACACUCUAAGGCAGGCUCCUAUGGUGUCAGUAUCCGGGUGCAGGGAAUUGAUGGCCACCCCUACAUAGUCCUGAAUAACACGGAGCGGUGUCUGACAGGCACAUCUUUUCCUGAAAAUGGGCCACCGUUUCCAUCUCCAAUGAUAAAUAACCUGGCCCUGCAUUCCAGCAAUGGGUCUGUGCUGGAGGAGAGCAGCGCAGAAGAAUUGCAGCUCCCAGAAAAUCCUUAUGCCCAACCCAGCCCAGUAAGAAACCUGAAACAGUCCUCUCUCUUUGAGGGCAAGAAUGGGGUUCUAGAAUGCAAAGAGGGGCCAGUGAAACCAUCCCACAUGUUGAACUUUCAGAGGCAUCCAGAGCUUUUGCAGCCCUACAACCCUGAAAAGAAUGAAUUGAACUUGCAAAAUCAUCAGCCUCCUGAGAGUAAUUGGCUAAACACUUUAACAGAAGAAGGUUCCAACAAUAAGAAGGCUUGGACUUGCUUCCCCAAACCUGGUAGUUCCCAGCCUACCAGCCCUCCUUUGGAAGAUGUGGGCAAAUCCAGCAUGACGGCCAUUCGUUUGUGCAGCUCUGUGGUCAUCGAUGACCCCAAGAAGCAGACCUCAGUGUGCGUAAAUGUUCAGAGCUGUGCCAAGGAGGGGCUUGUGGAGGAGGCCCUUUCCCCUAGUGGGAGGUCCCUGACGGCCCACAGCCCACACAUCCAUCCCGAAACCAAGAAAGCCAGGCCAGAUGUGCUUCCCUUCCGGCGACAGGAUUCAGCGGGACCUGUCCUGGAUGGAGCUCGGUCCCGGAGGUCCUCUUCCUCAUCAGCAACUCCCACUUCGGCCAACUCUUUGUACAGAUUUUUACUUGAUGAUCAGGAAUGUGCCAUCCAUGCUGACAAUGUAAAUCGUCACGAAAACAGGCGGUAUAUCCCCUUCUUGCCAGGAACUGGGCGGGAUAUUGAUACAGGAUCAAUUCCUGGUGUGGAUCAAUUGAUUGAAAAGUUUGACCAAAAACCCGGGCUCCAGAGGAGAGGAAGGUCUGGGAAGCGAAACAGAAUCAACCCAGAAGACAGGAAGCGGUCCAGAAGCGUGGAUAGUGCCUUUCCUUUUGGUCUCCAGGGGAAUGCCGAGUACCUAAAUGAAUUUAGCCGGAACCUGGGCAAGUCCAGCGAACACCUCCUCCGCCCGUCGCAGGUGUGCCCACAGAGGUCACCUGCUCAGGAGCACCGGGGGAGACAGAGCGUGGGCCGGGCCUUUGCCAAGCUGCAGGGGGCCCACCUCAGGCCUCCCCAGCAGAGCAAGGAUGGGAAAGUUCCAGAAAACAAAGGUGGUCGGCAGAGUACAAACACGCAUGCAUCUUCCCUCCCAGCACAGAAUAAAAAGGAGGAGGAAAUCAAAACAGCCACUGCGACGCUGAUGUUACAGAAUCGGGCGCUAGCAACUUCGCCUGACUCCGGUGCCAAGAAGAUUUCUGUGAAGACAUUUACUUCUGGUACUCAGGCCACACCGGAUCUGUUGAAAGGCCAGCAAGAGCUUACUCAACAAACCAAUGAGGAGACGGCCAAGCAGAUACUUUACAAUUACCUCAAAGAGGGAAGCACCGAUAAUGAUGAUGCGACUAAACGGAAAGUCAACCUGGUCUUUGAGAAAAUCCAGACUUUAAAGUCUCGAGCAGCAGGGAGCACACAAGGAAAUAAUCAAGCUUCUAAUUCUUCGCCUGAAGUCAGAGACCUGUUGGAACAGAAAAACAAGUUGACCACAGAAGUGGCUGAACUUCAGAGAAAGCUUCAACUAGAAGUCAAGAAUCAGCAGAACAUGAAAGAAGAGAGAGAGAGAAUGAGAGCAAGCUUGGAAGAGCUCCAGGGCCGGCACGACAGUAAAGUGGAAGAGAAUUCCGUGCUGCAGCGGCGCCUGGAAGAGAGUGAAGGGGAGCUCCGGAAGAACCUGGAGGAACUGUUCCAGGUAAAGAUGGAACGGGAGCAGCACCAGACGGAGAUCAGGGAUCUCCAGGACCAGCUCUCAGAAAUGCAUGAUGAAUUGGACAGCGCCAAACGAGCUGAGGACAGGGAAAAGGAAGCUCUGAUUGAGGAACUCUUACAGGCAAAACAGGAUCUUCAAGAUCUGCUCAUUACCAAAGAGGAGCAGGAAGACCUCUUGAGGAAGCGAGAGCGUGAACUCACCGCCCUGAAGGGAGCCCUGAAGGAAGAGGUCUCCAGCCAUGACCUGGAGAUGGACAAGCUGAAGGAGCAGUACGACGCCGAGCUGCAGGCCCUGAGGGAGAGUGUAGAAGAGGCAACCAAGAAUGUCGAGGUCCUGGCCAGUCGGAGCAACACUUCAGAGCAGAGCCAGCUGGGAGCUGAAAUGCACGUGAAGGCGCUGCAGGAGGAGAAUGAGAAGCUGCGGGAAAGCAUCGCAGAGCUGGAGCAGAGCGUCGCUCGGCUUCAGAGGCAGAUUGCUGACAUGAAAGGCGAUGAGGCCAAAGCGAAGGAAAUGCUCAAGAAGGGCGAGAGAGAGAGCCGGCAAUUAGAGGAGGCCCUUGUGCAGUCAAGAAAGGAAGAAAGAGAAGCCACGUCGGCCAGAAGGACCCUGGAGAGUGAGCUGGAAGAUGCGCAGAGGAAUCUGAGUCGGGCCACCCAGGAGCAGAAGCAGUUGUCUGAGAAGCUCAAAGAUGAGACAGAGCAGAAGGAGCAGUUAAGGAGACUGAAGAACGAGAUGGAGAACGAGCGAUGGCACCUGGACAAGACCAUCGAGAAACUGCAGAAGGAGAUGGCUGACAUUGUUGAGGUGUCCCGCAUAUCAACCCUGGAGCUCCAGAACCAGCUGGAUGAGUACAAGGAGAAAAAUCGCAGGGAGCUUGCAGAAAUGCAAAGGCAGUUGAAGGAGAAAACCUCAGAGGCCGAAAAGUCACGUCUGACUGCCAUGAAACUGCAGGAUGAGAUGCGCCUGAUGGAGGAGGAGUUACGGGACUACCAGAGAGCUCAGGAUGAAGCGCUCACAAAAAGGCAACUUCUGGAGCAGACGCUGAAGGACCUGGAGUACGAGCUGGAGGCCAAGAGUCACCUCAAAGACGACCGAAGCCGACUCGUCAAGCAGAUGGAGGACAAGGUGUCUCAGCUGGAGAUGGAACUGGAAGAAGAAAGAAAUAACUCGGAUUUGCUGUCUGAGAGGAUCACUCGGAGCAGGGAACAGAUGGAGCAGAUGAGGAGUGAGCUCCUGCAGGAGAGAGCUGUCAAGCAGGACUUGGAGUGUGACAAGAUUUCUCUGGAGAGGCAGAACAAGGACUUAAAGAGCCGGAUUAUCCACCUGGAAGGCUCCUACAGGUCCAGCAAAGAGGGGCUGGUGGUGCAGAUGGAGGCCAGGAUCGCUGAGCUGGAGGACCGUCUGGAGAGCGAGGAGAGGGACCGGGCCAGCCUCCAGCUUAGCAACCGCCGGCUGGAGCGGAAGGUGAAGGAGCUGGUGAUGCAGGUGGAUGAUGAGCACCUGUCACUGACUGAUCAGAAGGACCAGCUGAGCUUGCGCUUGAAAGCCAUGAAGCGACAAGUGGAGGAGGCCGAGGAGGAGAUCGACAGACUAGAAAGUUCUAAAAAGAAGCUGCAGAGGGAGCUGGAGGAGCAGAUGGAUGUGAACGAGCAGCUGCAGGGACAGCUCAAUGCCAUGAAGAAGGACCUAAGACUUAAGAAGCUGCCAAGCAAGGUGCUGGACGACACAGAUGAUGAUGACCUCAGUACGGACGGGGGGAGCCUCCACGAGGUGCCGCUGAGCCACAUCUUCCCUAAGGACAGCGCUGCCACCAGCCAGAUGUGAGGCCCCUUCCGGG